AAGACGGGUAUAUAUGUGUUAAUUUUAAAAUAUAUUUUUAAAAUGACAGUUACUAUCAAAGCAUGUCUUUUUGACAUGGAUGGACUCCUUUUAGAUACUGAAUCAAAGUACACAAAGGUAACUAAUGAUGUGCUUGCUGAUUUUAAAGUUGGUAGAACAUUAACUUGGGACGUUAAAAUUAAACUUCAAGGACGUCCAGGACCUGAAGCUAGUGCUAUUCUUAUUAAGGAAUAUAAUCUCCCAGUUACCCCAGAAGAACUUAUGGAAAUUUGUUUUAAGAAACAAGAAGAAGAAUGGCCACAAUCUAAAUUUCUUCCUGGUGCAUUAGAAUUAAUUAAUUAUUUACAUUCUAAAAAAAUUCCAAUUGCACUUGGAACUUCAUCUCAUUCAUUAAAUUUUAAAAAGAAGACUGAUCAUCUUCAAGAAGGAUUCAAACUUUUCGAUGGGCAUAUUGUAACUGGAGAUGAUUCUCGUAUUCCUCCAGGUAGAGGUAAACCACAUCCAGACAUUUGGGCCGCAUGUUUAGCUUCUAUUAAUAAUGAUCGUCAAGAUAAAAUUCUUCCUCAUGAAUGUAUUGUAUUCGAAGAUGGUCUUCCUGGAGUGGAAGCAGGAAAGGCCUUUGGAGCUCAUUUAGUUUGGAUUCCUGAUGAAAAUGCUCUUAAAGUUCUUGAAGGUAAAGAAAAUGAGAUCAUUGGAACAAAUGGAGUGAUUUUAAAAUCUUUACUCGACUUUAAAGUUAAAGAUUAUGGUCUUUAAAAUUUAUUUAUUUAUUAGAAUAUAGAAUAUAGAUGUUUUUUAAUGUGAACAAU